UCUGGUAUUUCUAUGGAUUUUUUUGGUUUUCAUUUGCUAGGGAUAUCCAAAGAGUUUAAAAGAGUCACAUACCCGAUGAAACGUUUAAUGAUAAGGGUCUUUAUUUUUAUGCGAAGUUGGGUUUUGUUUGUUGUUUGAAAUGCGCGCUCUGUUCUGAUGUCAGCUCACGAUGCACGCUACAGAUUUAACGGUCGCUGAGUGUGAUUUCAAGAAGAGAAAGCCUUUAGGAGUGUUUUCUUUUCAUUCUAUAAAGGACGGCUUCCUGUUGUUACACGUGUAUCUAAAUUCUGCAAAAAAGCAAACCCCGGAGAAAUGUCAGCUAAGAAUCUACCAUCUUGGAAUCAACCUCAAGGCCAUGGUGAACUUAAGCUUUAUAAUAGCUUGACUCGAGAAAAGAACCUGUUUAUCCCUUCAAAUGGCCGUCGUGUCACUUGGUACAGUUGUGGACCAACUGUUUAUGAUGCGUCUCAUAUGGGUCAUGCUCGAUCUUACAUCACCUUUGACAUUGUACGCAGAGUGUUGCAGUCUUACUUCAACUAUGAUGUGUUUUGUGUAAUGAAUGUAACAGACAUAGAUGAUAAGAUCAUCCAUAGAGCAAGAAGAAACCACCUCCAGGAGAAAUAUCGAGAAGAAAAUAGUGACCCUAAAAAAAUUCUGUCAGAUAUUCAAGUAGCUUUGCAGCCUUAUGUGAAAAAGAUGGAGGAUACGAAAGAUGAAGACAAGAAAAAUAUGUUUAUUAAGAUCAUUGAAAAGGUGCAAUCAACAUGUGGAAAACUUGAGGCACUGCUACAGAAAGGGAAAGCUGAUGAUGUUCAAGCUGUUACACAGGAGCUAUUAGCUGAUGCAUCAGAUCCCCUGUCAGCUUGGCUAGAUUCCAAGCAUGGCUCUGAUGUGACAGACCACAGAAUCUUUGCCAAACUUACAGAGUUCUGGGAACAAGAAUACCACAAAGACAUGGCUGCUCUGAAUGUCCUGCCUGCAGAUAUCCUGACCAACAUUACAGAAUAUGUGCCAGAAGUGGUGACCUUUAUUGAGAAAGUCAUAGCAAAUGGAUAUGCAUAUGAGUCUAAUGGCUCAGUUUAUUUCGACACCAUCAAAUUUGGAUCUAGUGAGAAGCAUAGCUACGCUAGACUUGUGCCGGAGGCUGUUGGCGACUUGGAUGCAUUAGCAGAAGGAGAAGGGGAACUAAGCCAGAAUCUGGGUGAAAAGCGUUCUGAAAGGGAUUUUGCUCUUUGGAAAGCAAGCAAGCAAGGAGAACCUUCAUGGGAAUCUCCCUGGGGCAAGGGGAGACCAGGCUGGCAUGUUGAGUGUUCUGUGAUGGCAAGUGAUGUUCUUGGAUCCAAUAUUGAUAUUCACACCGGAGGUGUAGAUCUGAAGUUUCCUCACCACGACAAUGAAUUAGCCCAAUCUGAAGCUCAUUUCUGUGUCAGUCAGUGGGUCAACUAUUUUCUUCAUGCUGGGCACUUGACAAUAGAGGGGUGCAAAAUGUCUAAAUCUCUAAAGAAUUUCAUCACUAUCAAGCAAGCUUUAAAGAGAAACUCAUCGCGUCAGAUAAGGCUUGCAUUUCUGUUACACACAUGGAAUGCAACACUGGACUACAGCCAGAAUGUGAUCAGGGAGGCUGAACAAGUGGAAAAACUAUUUAAUGGUUUUUUUUUGGCUGUGAAAGACAUUUUGAGAAAGCCUGAAGUUAAGGCUCCUGGUUCUCACAACUACCAUGAGCUGGAAAAAGACCUUCAGAGCAAGUUCCAUGAAAAGAAAGAUGGUGUUCACCAGGCACUCUGCGAUUCUAUCGACACUCCUGGUGCACUUCGGCACAUGCAGGACCUGGUUAAACUCUCCAACAUUUACAUCAGCAACAAGAAGCAAAGGAAUGAAUCUGCAAACAAGCAGUUGCUUGAGGGUGUUGCAAAAUACAUCACACAGAUGCUCAAGAUAUUUGGAGCAAACGAAGGCGUGCAGCUCAUUGGCUUUGGCUCAGCAGUCCAGCAAUCUGGAGGAAAUCAAGAGGAGGUGGCCUUGCCAUAUGUACAACUACUAGCUGACUUCAGGGAGGACAUCAGGGCAAUCGCCCGAGAGGAAAAAGUUCCACGGAUCCUAAAAGCUUGUGAUGACCUGAGAGACAACAAAUUGGUCGAUGUUGGAGUUCUGCUUGAGGACCAAGAAGGUGACCAGAAAGCAGUUAUCAAGUUUGUUGAUCGAGAAACCUUGCUGAAGGAGAGACAACAGAAGCUAGAGGAACAAGCAAAGAAGCAGCGUCAGAAGGAGGAGGCGAAGCGGAAACAAGAAGAGGAGAAGGCCGCCAAAGAAGCCAAGGCGCGCAUCCCGCCAUGGGACAUGUUCAAACAGGAGAAGGAUAAAUAUUCAGCCUUUGAUGAACAGUUUAUGUGUGUUGUUAAGGGAAUCCCUACCCAUGACGCAUCAGGGGAGCCGAUCAGUGGCAAACAAGUGAAGAAAUUGAAGAAGCUCUACCAGCAACAAGAGAAGCUGUAUAACACCGUCGGUCCUGGGGCGAGCGGAACCUCAUAAAAAUCGCCCCUUACAGCAAGUAUAGAGCAAAUGCGCGAGCCGUAAUAUGUUGUCGAAAGAAUGACAACCUCAACAAAUUAAAAUUAAGUGCAAUAAAUGACAGUCCAACCACUGUA